AUGUUCAGACUCACGAUCGCCCCGCUCUCGCUGGCGCUUAGAAGGUCUGUUCUUCCUUCUUCUAGGAUCGCUCUUAGGAGAACAUUCAUAACCACCCCACUCAUUCGUGGCACCUUCAAGGAACAACCGAUCGUCACCGAUCCAUCAACACCUCCAAAGAACCCCACGGAGCCUCCAGAAGACCAUGGCGAGGACAGAAAACAAGUGACCAAAAAAGUGUUCAAACCAGAGGAGUUGGAAGCAGCACGUCUUGCUCGUUUGGCUAAUCUCGGCUGGCUCGCUAAGCUUCCUGAAAAAUGGAUUCCAUACGCUGAGCUCAUGCGUCUUGAGAAACCAGUUGGAACGCUCCUUUUGCUAGCGCCUUGUUUCUGGGCCAUCACCAUGGGUGCAUACUCAAUUGCUGCUCCAUUGGCGGUGACAGUGAAGAUAAUUACGUUGUUCACCAUCGGCGCUUUGGUUAUGAGAGGUGCAGGGUGCACCAUCAAUGAUAUCUGGGAUAGAGACUUGGACAACCAGGUUGCACGUACGGUGGAGAGACCAAUUGCAAGUGGAAGAGUGUCUGUACCUCAGGCCGUGGCCUGGUUGGGCGUGCAGUGUUUUGCUGGUUUGGCAGUGUUGCUUUCUCUUCCGUUUGACUGCUUCUACUUGGGUGCUCUUUCCCUUCCUUUCGUUGCAGCAUAUCCGCUUUUCAAGAGAUACACCUACUACCCUCAGGCGGUGCUUUCAAUCACUUUUGCAUGGGGCUGCUUGCUUGGAUUCCCUGCAGUUGGCGCUCCACUUAAUCUCUGGGUUGCCGGUCCCUUGUUCGCUUCCAAGUGGCUCUGGUGUAUGAUUUACGACACUGUCUACGCUCACCAGGACAAGGUUUACGAUGUUAACGCCGGUAUCAAGUCCACAGCUUUGGCCUGGGGCGACAAGAGUAAGCCGAUCAUGUACCUGAUGGGCGCUUUGCAAGCCGCUACGUUCUUGACUGCUGGUUUCAUGAACUCUAUGGGACCUUUCUUCUACCUUUCGGCUGCAUGGGGUUUCCUGAGACUUUUCAAACAGCUCAAGGAGGUCAACUUGGACGACCCCAAGAGCUGUUGGGCCACUUUCACCGGUAACAUUGUCACUGGCUACAUCUUCUGGGCCGGCAUGGUCGUCGACUACCUUUUGGUGCUCCUUGGAAUUCUUUGA